AUGCAGUAUCCUUAUUAUAAUCAAGGAUUUAUAAUUCAACGUCAACUAUGGCAAGAAACUUGGCCAAGAGGACUUAUGGCUUUCAUUGCGACUUGUCAAAUGUUACUUACAUUUACUAUCCUUGGUAUUGAAACAUGGAGUAUGGGACUAAGUAUAAGGUAUUCAUUUUUAUUUAUUGGUUAUAGUGCAUCUUUUUUCUUUACAAUAACUUGGAUAUCAACGUACACUGUUGCUUGUUGUAAUCGAGGAUCUCAGGGUUGUGCAACUCAUGCAUUAGUAGAAAAUAUACUUUCAAUUAUUGCAUCAUGUGUUUUAUUGUAUUACGAUACUCGAUUUCUUCAUUAUCCUUUAGGAUGCUUUUGGGAAUAUGGCAUGUGCAAUAGUUCCUAUUGGAGCUGGACCUGGAGCGCUUUCUUGGGUUAUUCUGUACUCAAUAUUAUGCAUUUCAAACUUAUUGCAAUUAAAAUACAACUAGCUUGUGCUGCUCUCAUGCUUGCUUUAGGGGUACUUUUUUUUCUAAGUUAUCUGUAUGUCAUUGUGAAAGUUAGACAAAAUUCAAACGGUAUCAAUCCACAACCUGUCAUAGAACUGAAACCACAACAAGGGCCAUUUCAACCACCACCAAAUAUAAUUUUGGGAGGACAGCCACCUUCUUACUCUGUUCCAUCGUAUUAUUAA